AUGCUCGUUGCCGCCCUCUCGUCUCGUGUGCUGCUGCCGCUCGGGACCUUAUCUCCGUCUCGCUCCGACGCCAUGAACUCGCCGGCGCACUGCCCCGCCACCACCGCGUCCCCGCCUCUGCGCGCCAGCCGCGCGCCGCUCGUCGCGAUGGCCCAGCGCGGCGGCCGCGGGCGCAGGCUGCCCUCGUCCGCCCCAGAGGCCGAGCAGCCGGAGGAGGCGCUCGCCCGCAUCCUCCGCACAGAGGCCGCCGUCUCCGGCGUCUCCCGCAAGGCCGCCGCCGCCUCCGGCCAGCAGUCCACCUGCCUCUGGCCCCGCGCCGUCCUCGAGGCUCUCGACUCGGCCGUCGCCUCCUGCCGCUGGGAGUCCGCUCUCGAGAUCUUCGAGCUGAUGCGGAAGCAGCGGUGGUACGAGCCCAAGGCGCAGACCUACGCGAGGCUGCUGAUGAUGCUGGGCAGGUGCCGUCAGCCCGGCCAGGCCACGGCCCUCUUCAACACGAUGCUCUCGGAGGAGCGGCUGGCACCAAGGGUGGACGUGUACACGGCGCUCGUCAGCGCCUACGGCAACAGCGGGAUGCUCGACGAGGCGCUGGCCAUUGUCGACCGGAUGAAAGGCGCAGCGGCGGGCUGCAAGCCGGACGAGUACACCUUCUCGGUUCUCAUCAACUGCUGCUGCAAAUCCCGCCGCUUCGACCUCAUCCCGGCGGUCCUCGACGAGAUGGCGUACCUGGGGCUCGGAUGCAACGUUGUCAUCCACAACGGGAUAAUCGAUGGGUAUGGCAAGGCUGGGAAGCUGGAGGAGAUGGAGAAUGCGCUGUCGAACAUGCUUGAGGGUGGGGAUAAUGUGCCGGAUAUAUACACGAUGAACUCGAUCCUCUGGGCCUACGGGGACCGUGGCAGGGUGGAUGACAUGGAGAAGUGGUACGGCGAGUUUCAGCUUAUGGGCGUUGAGCCCGACACGCGGACAUUCAAUAUCAUGAUGAAGUCCUACGGUAAGGCGGACAUGCCUGAGAAAAUGAUGUCGGUGCUGAAAUAUAUGAAGCAGCGCUUCUUCUCGCCCUCUGCUGCAACAUUCAACAUAAUCAUAGAUUGUUUUGGAAGGGCUGGCAACAUUGAGAAGAUGGAGUACUAUUUCAGGCUGAUGAAGAUUCAGGGGAUGAAACCCAACCCGAUCACCUACUGCUCGCUAGUUAAUGGAUACAGUAAAGCUGGGCUUCUUGAUAUGAUUCCCGGAAUCGUUCGACAGACAGAGAACACUGAUGUUGUCUUAGAUACUCCAUUUUUCAACUGUGUUAUCAGUGCAUACGCCAAGGCUGGAGAAGUCAAGAUAAUGGAGGAAAUGCUGCAGUUUAUGAAGGACAAGAACUGUAAGCCUGGCAAAGUAAUUUACACCACCAUGAUUCAGGCAUAUAUCGCACAUGGGAUGGAUGAAGCUGCUAAGUUGUUAGAGUUGGAAGAGACAAGAUUUGAUAACAAGCUGCUGGAACAAGUUUCAGAGGUUAGAUAACAACUAAUGGGCACCAUCAUUUGUCGUGGAAUUGGAGCAGUAAGAUUUGUUCUAAAACCGGAUCGGACAAUGAACAUGUAAUAGAGAAUGUGGUUAGGAGCCCAAUGGAGAAUAUGGUUAGGAGUACAGAAAAAAGUUUGACCACAGUGAUCAAAUCAGCACGAGACUCAGUGAUCCCAGUUGGAUGCAAUGACGAGGGCUUUCAGUCUGCGGAUCCCUCUUGGUACUGCAAUACCACGUGGACUUUGGCGCGUUGCUAGCAGAGGUAAUAUGUUGCAGCAACACAUGGUACAUACAUCACGCCUGUUCACGUCGACAUCCAUAUCCAUAUCCAUCUUCUCUUUCACAAACUGAGGUGCACAACAUGCCACACAAAAUGCCAUUGAAGAGCAAGUCAUAACACAUAGCAUGUUCCUCAUUACCUUGGGCAAAUCUUUUUGACAUGUUUCGAUUUCAAGGUUGUCAUCAUCAUUAUCUUCGAUGGCGCCACCACAAAUAUUCUGUAGUUUGCUAAGCUUGACGAUGGUCUGUGGCAGCCCUAUUAUGCAUGUGCCCGUGAUAUCUAGAGUUUGGAGUUGCCUCAGGUUACCCAGUGAAUCGGGUAGGUGAUAGAUAUCCUUACAUCCCCUUAUAGAGAGGUAUCUUAUGUGAAGAAGCUUCCCAAUGUACUCAAGGUGAUGGUCAACUACUCCUGAUGUGCCUUCCAGGUCUAGCACUCGCAGCAACCUCAUCUUGUCAGAAAUGAAAAAUGGCCUCCACUUCCCAAACACAGUUAAUGACCGUAUUCUGGACAUGUCUACUAUGCUCUCAAACUCAACUUGAUCUCCCUCCCAGUUGAUGCUGAUAGAGAGAUGGUGUAUUUUACCUUUGCCAUUUAAGCUGCAAUCCUUCUCCAGCCUGAAAACAAGAUUACCCUCCGUUGACUUUGAGAUGCCAAUUUCACGGAUCAGAUCAUGGACUUGGCAGGAGUCAAUUCCUUUUCUACUAUGAAUUGACUGUUGAUAUGGAAGGAUCAUGCUCCUGCUUAUCAGUUCCAUAAAGUAGUUGUCUGCUAUUUCCUCCGCAGACUUGCCACGGCCCUCUCUUGAAUAGCCCUCUGCAGUCCAGCGACGAACCAAGCGUCUUCGGCUAGCCUUGUAGCCUUCAGGAAAGAUGGCCAUAUACAAGAAACAAGACUUGAGAUGAUAGGGUAGACCAUCAUAGCUUUUAUUAAGGACUGCAAUUAUGAUCUCAAGCUCUGGAUUCAUCUCCAACUCGGCGCUGAUAUGCUCAUUCAAUUUCCUCCACUCCAACACUGUUUUUGGUUGGUUUGCCAAGAAGCCACCUAUGGUGACAAUUGCAAGGGGAAGUCCAUCACACUUUUUUAAGAUCAUAUUUGCUUGUUCAACCAGCUCAGGAUAUUGCUCCUCCAAAUAUACGGUCUCCUUAAAUAUCUGAAAGUAUGCGAUCAAGCUAUUUAGUGCUUUAGAAGUUAAAUUAAGCUUGGAAUAUUGUGCAAUUUACAAUCACAGAUUUCCAUGUUUCAGGGUUGAA